AUGGUUCAUGUCAUAGCCCUGAUCGCUUUUAUGACUUGUAUGGUGCUGUCAGAGGCCCAACAUGAGCCCGGGUACUGCGCUUUCUAUGAAGAAUGCGGUCGUAACCCGUCGAUAACUGGGUCCCUCAUUCCUCCUAUUGUCCCCUGUUUAAACUACAGCCGUGCCCGACCAGUCACAGGAGCCCACUACACUAAGCUCAAAGAGGUGUGUCCCAUUCUGGACCGUGGUGAGUACAACACGUACGCCUGCUGCUCCAUCAAACAGCUGUCAUCCCUGGAACUGAGCCUGGCCCUGUCAAAGGCUGUGCUGAUCCGCUGCCCUUCCUGCGCUGAGAACUUUGCCCACCUGCAUUGCAUCAACACCUGCAGCCCCAACCAGAGCAAGAUGAUAAAAGUCACAAAGGUCAAGAAUGUCACUCAUCUGGGCAAGACAAGGGAGGCCGUGGUGGGUUACCAGGCAUUCCUCAGCACCACCUUUGCAGACGCCGCCUUCCAGUCUUGUAAAAAUGUAAGGAUCCCAGCCACAGGAGGCUUUGCCAUCGCCACCAUGUGUGGUCGGUACGGUGCCAAACUGUGCACCCCACAGCGCUGGUAUGACUUCCAGGGAGACUCCAGUAAUGGCCUGGCUCCACUGGACAUUGACUUCAGACUGAUAAAAGAGGGAGACACUGAGGGACUACCAGAGGGUGUGAUUCCCUACAACGGACGUGCUCUGAAGUGUAACGAGACCACACCAUCAGGAGGUCAGAUCUGCUCCUGCCAGGACUGCAAAGAGUCUUGCCCAAGUGUGCCUCCUCUACCACUUCCUCCCGGCCCCUUUAGACUGUUGGGGACAGAUGGCUUCCUUGUGAUUUCUGUUAUCUUACUCUGUCUCCUGAUAUUUGCCUUCCUGUUAUACUUCUCUGUCUUUUGCUUGGUGAAGUCUAAGAAAAGAGAGGAUGAAGAGAGAGGAAAGAGAAAGAGGAAAGGCAAAGACCAGAACAGUAAUGAUGUGACUCAGCAGGUCGUUCAACCAUCAGAGGUGACGUGCGCUGACAGGAACAGCUUGGCAGCUCAAGCUUUCCUGAGCCUAGAGUUUCGGUAUUGGGGAACCCUCAUGGCCACUUAUCCCCUCACAGUGCUCCUGAUUUCGGCUGUAGUCGUGGCUGUUUUCUCUGCCGGCCUUAAAUCCAUUGAGCUCACCACUGACCCGGUCGAGCUGUGGUCUGCUCCCAACAGCCGGGCCCGCCAGGAGAAAGACUUCCAUGACACACACUUUGACCCGUUCUUCAGGACAAACCAGCUGAUCUUGACAGCGCCAGGCAGAAAAGGCCACAUUUACGAUUCUUUGCUGUUUGGCCCGCAGAACUUUAGCGGGCUUGUAUCUAAGGAUCUCAUUAUUGAGCUGCUGGAGCUCCAGAAACGAAUACAGAACAUCGAGUUCUGGUCAGAGGAUCUGAACCGCACAGCAAGUCUGAAGGAUGUGUGCUUCGCACCGCUGAACCCAUCCAAGCCCUUACUGACGGACUGUGCAGUCAACAGCUUGCCACAGUACUUCCAGAACAGCCUGGACAACAUUAAUGCUAAGGUGAACAUGACAGAGCUGGGAGUGACCAAAGAGGUGGACUGGAGAGACCACUUAAUCUACUGCCUCAACUCGCCCUUGUCCUUCAAAGACAUCACUGAUUUAGGUAUGAGUUGCAUGGCUGACUAUGGAGCUCCAGUCUUCUCCUUUCUGGCUGUGGGAGGCUAUGAGAAUGACGACUACACCAAUGCACAGGCUUUCAUCUUGACCUUCUCCCUCAACAACUACGCUCGCAGCAACCCCAAGUUUAAAGUGGCCAUGCAGUGGGAGAAAGAGUUUCUUAAAAUUGUCCAGGAUUACCAGAAAAGCCCUGCCACCAACUUCACCUUUGCAUUCAUGGCAGAGAGGUCUCUGGAGGAUGAGAUUAAUCGGACAACAGCGGAGGAUAUCCCCAUCUUUAUGAUCAGUUAUGCUGUAAUCUUUGUUUACAUUGCUGUUGCACUGGGGGAGUACUCUUCAUGGAAACGCAUACUGGUGGACUCCAAGUUCUUGGUGGGUCUGGGUGGGAUCCUGGUGGUUGCCUGUUCUGUCCUGGCCUCCAUGGGCUUCUACUCCUGGAUCGGCAUCCCCUCCUCACUGGUCAUUCUACAGGUCGUGCCCUUCCUGGUGCUCGCUGUAGGAGCUGACAACAUCUUCAUCUUUGUUCUGGAGUACCAGAGAGAUGUACGGAGGCCUGGAGAGAAGAGAGAGGAGCACAUUGGUCGUGUCCUUGGAAAUGUAGCUCCCAGCAUGCUCCUGUGCAGUCUCUCUGAGUCUGUCUGCUUCUUUUUAGGGGCCCUGUCCACCAUGCCAGCAGUCAAGUCCUUUGCUCUGUACGCUGCUCUGGCUGUGCUCAUGGACUUCAUCCUCCAGAUGACAGCCUUUGUGGCGCUGCUGUCCCUGGAUGCCCGGCGGCAAGACAACAACCGCUGUGAACUGCUCUGCUGUGUUACAGUGUCAACCCAGCAUCCCAACAAACCAAACGAGGGCUUUCUGCUGCCCUUCAUGAGGAAAUACUACGCCCCUGUCCUACUGCACCCUUACACCAGGAUCAUAGUGAUUUUGGUGUUCAUCUUCAUGCUCUGCGGAUCCCUAUUCCUUAUGUUUCAUGUCACAGUUGGUCUGGAUCAGGAGCUGGCUAUGCCUAAGGGCUCUUAUAUGUUGGACUAUUUCCAGUACCUGUAUAAAUACUUUGAAGUUGGAGUCCCUGUUUACUUUGUAACAAAAAGGGGCUUCGACUUCACCAGUGUGGAGGGCAUGAAUGCAGUCUGCUCCAGCGUGGGCUGUGAUCAGUUCUCACUAACCCAGAAGAUCCAGUACGCCACCACUUACCCUGAUCGGUCCUACUUGGCUAUUCCUGCUAACUCUUGGGUGGAUGAUUUCAUCGACUGGCUGAACCCUGGAUCUAGAUGUUGUCGUCUGUACGCCUUCGGUCCAAAUGCUGGAAAGUUCUGUCCUGCAAGUGAAUCUCCCUUGCUCUGUGCUCGUAAGUGUAUGGCUACUCCUCAAAAUGGCGUCCUCAGGCCUAGUGUGGAACAAUUCAACCGCUUCCUCCCUGACUUUCUCGGUAACAGGCCUGACCUUCAGUGCCCCAAAGGUGGUCUAGGAGCCUAUGACACGGCAGUAGUGAGAGAUGCGAGUGGAGAAAUUAUAGCCUCUCGUUUCAUGGCUUACCACACACCUUUAACCAACUCCAAGGAGUUCACUGCAGCACUGCUGAAGGCCAGAGAGCUAGCCCACAACAUCACAAUGGGCAUGAGGAAAGUGCCAGGCACCUCACCUGACUUUGAAGUAUUUCCUUACACGGUAACUAAUGUAUUUUAUGAGCAGUACCUCACUAUUGUGCCAGAGGGACUUUUCAACAUCUCCCUGUGCUUGCUGCCAACCUUCGUGGUGUGCUGUCUGCUACUGGGUUUGGACCUCUGCUCCGGCCUGCUCAACCUGAUUACCAUAAUCAUGAUCAUCGUGGAUACUGUUGGCGUCAUGACACUGUGGGGCAUCGAUUACAACGCAGUGGCCCUUAUCAAUCUGGUCACGGCAGUGGGCAUCUCUGUGGAGUUUGUGUCACAUAUGACAAGAUCCUUUGCGCUCAGCACCAAGCCCACACGUGUGGAAAGAGCUAUGGAGGCCACAGCCAAUAUGGGCAGCGCGGUAUUUGCUGGUGUUGCUAUGACCAACCUACCAGGCAUCCUUGUGCUGGCGUUUGCCAAAGCACAGCUCAUCCAGAUCUUCUUCUUCCGGUUAAACCUGGUCAUCACACUUCUGGGGCUGGCUCAUGGACUUAUAUUCCUCCCUGUGCUGCUCAGCUACUUUGGUCCUGGUGUGAAUAAGGCGGUGCUGCUGCAGCUCCAGGAGGCCAAAGCAAAGGCCAGCCAGGAGCUGGAAGUGAGGAGCAACAUGAGACAAGUCUAUGAAAACCUGAGCUAUGAAGACAAUGAGAUAAAACAGGACCCAGACUUAAACUCCGCAAACUCCAGCAGACCAUCAAAAAUGAUAGAAAACCAACAGCAGGAGAGAAUUGACUGCUUCUGA